UAACUUCCGCCAGUUCCUAGACGAAGGGUUUUUUGAUUAAAAAAAACAGAAUUUGUGUAAUUUUUCAGUGCUAAAUUUGGAUUAGGCCUAAUUAACAUACAUCACAACCAUGUCGGCCUCGGCAGUUUACUUACUGGAUUCAAAGGGGAAGGUGUUGAUAAGUCGGAAUUACAGAGGGGACAUAGAUAUGUCGGUCAUUGAUAAGUUUAUGUCACUUCUUAUGGAGAGAGAGGAAGAACUGAACACAUCCCCAAUUAUCCAGCAUGGCAACACUACAUUCAUCUUCAUCAAGUAUAAUAGUCUGUACUUGGUUGCCACAUCUAAAAGGAAUGCCAAUGUUGCCAUGGUCUUCUCUUUUCUUCAUAAACUUGUACAGGUAUUCAUUGAAUACUUCAAAGAGCUGGAGGAAGAAAGCAUCAGAGAUAAUUUUGUCCUGAUUUAUGAAUUAUUGGAUGAAGUUAUGGAUUUUGGAUUUCCUCAAACAACAGACAGUAAAAUUCUACAAGAAUUCAUUACACAAGAAGGUCACAAGAUGGAGGUAGCACCCCGCCCACCUCCGGCCGUCACCAAUGCUGUGUCAUGGAGGUCUGAGAAAAUCAAGUACAGGAAAAAUGAAGUAUUUCUUGAUGUCAUUGAAUCUGUCAAUUUACUAGUCAGUGCAAAUGGUAAUGUACUUCGAAGUGAAAUUGUGGGAGCUGUGAAGAUGAGAGUUUACCUGUCAGGGAUGCCUGAGCUUAGACUGGGGCUGAAUGAUAAAGUGCUAUUUGAGAGUACAGGACGGGGUAAGAGCAAGUCUGUAGAGCUGGAGGAUGUCAAAUUUCACCAGUGUGUCCGACUGUCGAGAUUUGAGAAUGACAGAACAAUUUCCUUCAUUCCACCAGAUGGAGAAUUUGAGCUUAUGUCUUACAGGUUGAACACUCAUGUGAAGCCAUUGAUAUGGGUGGAGUCUGUUAUUGAAAGGCAUGCCCAUAGUCGAGUAGAAUAUAUGAUCAAAGCUAAGAGUCAGUUCAAGAGAAGGUCCACUGCCAACAAUGUAGAGAUCAUCAUUCCAGUGCCUGCAGAUGCAGACUCGCCAAAGUUCAAGACGACAGUCGGCAGCUGUAAAUAUGCUCCCGACAUAAACGCAGUCAUCUGGACCAUUAAAUCAUUCCCUGGAGGUAAGGAGUACCUGAUGAGGGCCCACUUUGGAUUACCCAGUGUGGUCGGAGAGGAUACUGAGGGCAGGCCCCCAAUACACGUCAAGUUUGAGAUCCCCUACUUUACUGUUUCUGGAAUACAGGUGAGAUAUUUGAAGAUUAUUGAGAAGAGUGGAUACCAGGCCCUGCCGUGGGUGCGUUACAUUACACAGAAUGGAGAUUAUCAACUUAGAACCCAGUAAUCAUCCGAUGAGGAACAACUGCAGAAAUCACCUUAAUCUUUAGAGAUAAUUAGUGACCAGCGCUUCUUAUGUCAUCAUAAUACAUCAUCAGUGUUGUGGACUUGAAGUCAUCAUAAUCCAUUGUCAGUUAGAAAUCACACUCCAGUGCUUUUGGUGCAAUGUAAGAGAUGGACAGACAACUGAAACUGCUUUUUUAUUACUUCCUCAAUGGGUGGGGAUUUGUAAAUUACCAAAUAUACAUGUAUAAUAAUAAAAAUAUAAUAUAGAUCUUAACUUAAAAAUAUUUAUCAUUCAUUUGGAAUUUCUGAAACCAUGUAUUUAAAAAAGAUUUCCCAUGCAGGGAAUUUAUCUCAUUAAAAUAAUUUUAUUGUAUUGCUUUAUGUAAAAUAGUAUUUAUAAAUGUCAGUCCUAAACUGAAUAAAAUCUCGUUAUUAAUUUACAAGUA